CCAACUCUCUACAAUACAACAAGCGAGACUAAUCAGAUUCAUAGCCCGAACUCCAAAGAUAAUUUUCUAACAAAAUGCACAAGGCAAUCCUUCCGCUCAUCUCUUUUUUCCAAAUAUUUCUGCAGAUCAGCCUCUCCAUGAAGGAAAACCACACACUAAAGUUAUGCAAGUAUGUUCUGAGCUUUGUGAUGCAUCUCUCCUUUCUAUUAACUGCUUUGAAAACCUGUUCUUCAACGGACAUCCCUUCAGAUAGAAUCCUCCUCGACUGUGGUUCUUUGGAAGCAUCGCAAUUCAAUGGAGCAAAAUGGAUAGGUGACACUCACAACCAUUUUUUGCCUCCAGCGUAUGACGAAAUAUCUUCUGCACGCUUCAUCUCAAACCUGAGCUCUGCAGUUCCAGAGAUCCCAUACUCCACCGCACGCGUGAUUCAUUCUCCAUUCACAUACUCUUUCCCCUUCUCCCAUGUCCUUGUAUUCAUCCGUUUUUACUUUCUUUCAACUUCAUACCUGGGACUAAGCUCCUCGAAGGCUUACUUUUCUGUUAAAACAGGUCCUUACACUCUGUUGAGUCAUUUCAGCCCAUCUAUUGCUGCUAACGAGCUCAAAUCAGCCUUCUUCACUAAGGAUUUCUUAGUCAACGUCGAGGCAAAGAGACUUGACCUAAUUUUCAUCCCAGAAUCUCUAGUUUCCAAUGCACUUGCCUUCGUAAAUGGUAUUGAGAUCUUCUCGGUGCCUCUCAGUAUUUACUUUCCAGGUCCCCACAGCCCCCUUCCUUAUGUUGGGCAUCGGGUACCUUUCUUCAUUAAUGAUGACUACGCUCUUGAAACGCUUUACCGGGUUAAUGUCGGAAAUGAUUAUUAUUCUGCUGACGCUAUAAAUGUUUUUGGGACAUGGAGUGAUGAUUUAAGCUACAUAGCUGGCUUUAAACACGGAAGUGUCCUUGAUAUUAAGCUUCGAACAGGUAAAAUGACCUACAACUCUUCCAAAUCCAAUGACUAUAAUUAUUCAGCACCAGAAGAACUUUAUUGGACCGCCAGGACAAUGGGUAUCAACGAAGAGUACACGAGGUACAACUUAACAUGGUCAUUCCCUGUUGAUUCCGGUUUCAAGUACCUUAUCAGGCUUCAUUUCUGCGAGAUAUCCAUGGAGAUAACCCAGGUCAACCAAAGGGUGUUCAAGGUGUAUAUCAACAACCAAACAGCAGAGGAGAGUAUGGACUUAGUUGCUCUGACUGGUGCUCCACUCGUCACCUUGUACAGAGACUACGUGGCUAUGGUUCCUGUGGGAAAUGGGAGGAAGCAAAAUAUGUGGAUUGCCCUUCACCCCAACAUGAAGUCAAAACCCAAGUAUACUGAUGCCAUACUGAAUGGCAUUGAGAUCCUCAAGUUAAGCGACAGUAGCCACAAUCUUGCAGCUAGUAUUCAACUGAAAAUGGAACAAAAGGAGGGAAAAACUCUAUACAGCAUUAUUAUUGGAAGCACUGUUGGUGUCAUCUUCGGAUUGCUCAUUACAUUUUUCAUUCUUGUUCGGAAAUCAGGGAAGAGAAUUAAGUGGGGACCUUUUCGGGUGGUGCCAUCAAACUCAGCGGGCAAAAGUCCCAAAAAUUUGCAUGUAAGAGUCAGCUCAGGUCAGUGCUACCGAUUCACAUUAGCAGAGAUCAGAACAGCCACGAACAACUUCAGCCAGGCUCAUGUCAUUGGGGAGGGAGGCUUUGGCAAAGUUUACAAAGGAUUGAUCCGCGAUGGAGGCACCAAUGUGGCAAUAAAGCGCUGUAAUCCGACUUCCCACCAAGGAUAUAGAGAGUUUCAAAACGAGAUCAAUUUGUUAUCCUCAUUCUGUCACAUGAAUUUAGUGUCGUUGCUAGGCUACUGUCACGAGGGCAAUGAGCUGAUACUUGUCUAUGAAUACAUGGCUGAAGGCACUCUUCGCGAUCACUUAUACAAAACAAAGAAACAGCCAUUACCUUGGAAUCAGAGAAUAAAGAUUUGUAUUGCUGCAGCUCGAGGGUUACAUUACCUCCAUACAGGCACAAAGCACCCAGUUAUUCACCGAGAUGUCAAGUCAUCCAACAUAUUGUUGGAUCACAAUCUCGUAGCUAAAAUUGCAGAUUUUGGGUUAUCUAGAAGUGGCCCCACUUCCGCAUCCCGCAGCCAUGUUAGCACUGAUGUAAAGGGUACAUUUGGCUAUUUAGACCCAGAAUACUACAGGAGAAGAAAGCUAACUGAAAAAUCUGACGUUUAUUCAUUUGGGGUGGUGCUGUUUGAAGUGUUCUGUGGAAGGCCAGCAGUGAAUCCUAUGGCAGUGGAAGAGGAUGGCGAGAAGAUUGGCUUGGUUGAGUGGGCUUGGCAGUGUCAUCUCUCUGGGGAAUUUCAUAGAAUGAUGGACCCGCAUUUAAAAGGAAGAGUUCCAUCAGGUUGCCUCAAGGAGUUUGCAGAUAUUGGCAUCAAGUGCUUGGCAGAAAAGAGCAAAGAUAGGCCAACUAUGGGGGAAGUGCUUAGUAGUUUGGAGAAGCUUCUGUUGUUGCAGGAGAGUUUGGACGGACAAGAAAUAAAUGGAGAUGCACAUUGCUGUAUAGGGAUAAAUGAGAAUAUCGCAAGCAGUAGGUUAAUUGAUGAACAACACCUGCACGAUGAAAUUGUGCCAAUGGAUGGAUGAUGGAAAGUAACAAAUGAUGGAAACUGAAUUGUAACAACUCAAUGGAUAACACAGAAAGUGCAGGAAAGAGAUGAGUUUUGGGCGUAGUCAUGGGGCAAGUAUAUUGGGUUUGGUGUGUGCGAUCAGUUUUGUUUUGUUGUGUUGAGUGAGUGUUUGAGUACCCCGCCCAGGACCAAGCAAGCACCAACACAAAUUAUCAUUUCCUAUGAAAUAUCAAAUGUGUGAAAUCCUCACUUGAUGAAUUUCGAAAAUUCAUCGGGUUUUUUGCCUCAAAGUUCAUCGGGUUUUGUUUGUUUCAAGAGCUUUUGCACAAAUUUCGGAAGUUGAUCAGUUUUUAGCUGCCUUUGUAUUGAAGAUAAAUACCAAAAAUCAAUUUAUGCCAACUUGAUUUUGCAUUACAGGCAGAUUAUUCAGAAACUUCAUCGAUCAUUGAAGGGUUCAAGAAAGUUGCCCCUUAGAAUCUUCAUCACCGCCGGUUUGGCUCUUCCCUGUUGG